AAGCCCUAGCCCAAGAGGAAUGCCGAGGGAAGAACAGGAUGUUGCCCUUCUCAGCCUCAUUUCUUCGCCAGCAGGUCUUCGGCUCGGCGGUAGCGGCGUCGAUCUAUCGUCCUCCAUCGCCGCUCAUCUUUCUUGCUCCUCCUCCUCCUUCGCGCGGCCGGGGCUUCGUUUGCUGCAAGGCGAUGGAUCAGCGGGAGGGCACGAAGAAGGACGAGCACAAUCUCCAUCAGCCUGUGAAUCCAUCUAACCAGCAGCCGGUGGAGGCCGGGAAAGGAGGCGCCAAAUCCAGCCAGGAGUUUAUGUUUGAAGCGUACGGAGACAAGUACGCGACGAGGUCAGUCGAGGAGGGGUUCGGCCACGCCGCCAGCGAGGAAGGCAUGGAUCCUUUCCACGAGAGCGUCAAGGGCGAUCUCGCGGAGGAGCUGGGCAUUCCGGAGCUCAAGAACAGGGGAGCUUCCACGGAGAAGAAAACACCCAAGAGCGAAGAGGAUCCCAAAGCCACCACCACGACCAAGCCGCAAGCUCCCCGUGGAAGCUAGCUUUGCGGCAAUCACUACAGGGAAUUUGCGCAGCGCAGCUAUCACGACUCGGACAAUGUGGGACACGCAUCAUCCAGUAGUGAUCACGCAGCAAACUCCUUGCUGGCAAUCAUCUAGCUUACGAAACUUCGCCAAGAUCAUGACCCAGAACAUGAAAAUGUAAAAAAAGACGGUGUUUUUGUUUGCGUA